AUGGCUGCGGCCUCUGCGCCGCAAGCCUCUAGCUUGAGACCUCCCAGCAGGUCGCACGGAGGUCAAAAUUCCUGGAACUUUUCUGUACCGACACACUUAGAUGCAACCUCAUCAGAGGCGGCGAAAUCUAAUCGACCACCCCUAUCAAAUACAAACGGACACGGCCUCGCUAGGUCAACAUCCCGCACAGAACUCUCCCAGCGAAAACCCGAUUAUAUCCCCUCCCGAUCUACAGAAACAGUCCAUCUGGCGCCUGCACGAAUCAAUGCCUUCAGCCGCAAUGAUGGUAAUAUCAGCGACAAUGGGAGUGCGCCGGACAGUCUGCUCGACUUGUACGGGCCAAACAGAAGCGGGAUUAAUGGCAUGGAUCAUGGCGAAGUAGAGCCAGCCAAGGAGGCAUCUGAGGACGACGAUCCAGAGAGAUCGCGUUGGAUACACCGGGACAAACUUGCGCGUAUCGAGAGUCAAGAACUUCAGGCUGCCGGUCUUAUUCUUCCUCGGUCGCGAGCUGCUAGCAGAUCAAGUCGUCGAGAACACAGUCGAGACCCACAGGCGAAUGGUUUAAGAAGCGAGCAAGCACAAAAACUGCAGCGUGGUUCAUUUCCAACUGAUGAAGAAGAGGCCCCGCAAAGUAAUGCUUGGGAUUUGCGGACACCAGAAGAAGCUGCUGCAGAGCAAGUGGACUAUCCACAAGACGUUAGUGGAGGCGUGAAGGCCGUGUCUCGGAUACCAGUUCUGAAGGCCAGUCCUCUCCCGAUACCACUUCAACACCUGGAGCGAGACACCCCAAUACGGAGAACUCCAGGCGGUGGGUUGACAGCAGAUGACGAGUCAAUAUCAUACCCAAAGUCCCGCGGCCGGAGUCAAAGCAUCAAGGUCCAAGAAGAAGCAGCAGCGACUCCGACCCCCGCCAAACGAUUGACAUCUGAGAACUCUCCAACCAAGAAGGCCCCCUUACGUAAAGGGUCAGUACCCACCAGCCGUGGCGCCCCUACUCAAAGGCCGAAGACGAGGUCCAGCUCUAACCAAACCAACACGAUAUCCAGACCACAAACACGAGCCGGGGAUUCGGGCCCAAGCACCAAUACCAGCAAACGCCCCGAAGGAGACCCCCCGUGGCUGGCCACAAUGUUCAAGCCGGAUCCCCGACUGCCACCCGAUCAACAACUUUUGCCGACGGUAGCCAAGCGUUUACAACAAGAGCAGUGGGAAAAGGAAGGAAAAUUCGGCAAUACCUAUGAUACAGACUUCCGACCUUUGAACAAUGAACCAUUAUCUCGGUCAGUUGAACCUCAGGCGCCCGCGGAAGCAGAGAAGAAGGCAGAGGAGCCUGCUCCCAGGACCAACUGGCCACUACAAAAUCCCAGAAGUCCCGAUCUAAGUCCAGGAAGUUCCGAUCUAAAUCCAGGAAGUCCCGGUCUGAGUCCAGGAAGUCCCGGUCUAAGUCCAAGAAGUCCCGGUCUAAGUCCAAGAAGUCCCGGUCUAAGUCAAAGAAGUCCCGGUCUAAAUCCAGGAAGUCCCAGUCUGAGUCCAAAUCCAUACUGGUGGUACUGGCAUACCCAUGGGUGUAGGACCUCUUCCCAGUCCCAACCCGCCAAUGAGGAUGCAAGAGCGCCCCGAUAA